AUGGCUUCCUCCGAUCAUCCAGACACCAGCCGUCACGGGCCGCCGCCGCUGGUGUUCGACGAGGUCCGGUGGGUGGUCCAGAUCCGGCAGUCCCUGGAGGAGGACGCCCCCGGGGACGACGACGACGACACGGGCAUCCCGGUGUCCGUCUUCAACGUGCCCAAGCCGCUGCAGGUGCACAAGCCGGAGGCCUACACGCCGCAGUUCAUCGCGCUGGGGCCCUACCACCACUGGCGGCCCGAGCUGUACGAGAUGGAGCGCUACAAGCUCGCCGCCGCGCGCCGCGCGCAGAAGCGGCUCCGGGACGGCGGGGUCAGGCUCGACGCGCUCGUCGACCAGUUCAAGCGCCUCGAGCGCAAGGUCCGCGCCUACUACCACCGCUACCUCGACUUCAGCGGCGAGACGCUCGCGUGGAUGAUGCUCGUCGACGGCGCGUUCCUGCUCGAGUUCCUGCAGGUCUACGCGGUCGCCGCGGCCAACGACGGCGACGUCGCCACCGACGGCAAGGCACUGCGGAGGGUGUCGUCGAGGAUGCAGCACCUCGUCGACUUCGCCGGGAGGAAGUCGGCGCACAGCCUCAUCCUCCGCGACAUGCUCAUGCUCGAGAACCAGGUCCCGCUCUUCCUCCUCCGCAGGAUCCUCGAGCCGCAGUGCGCGUCGCCCGCCGAGGCCGGCGAGCUGCUCCCGCGGAUGGUCACCGGGCUCAUGAAGGAGCUCUGCCCGUUCAAGAUGCUGGACAAGUUCCCCGCGAUUGACGUCACCAAGAACGCGCACCUGCUCGAGGUGCUCUACUAUCUGCUUGUGCCGAAGCCAGACGAUGGCGGCGCGGCGGAGGCCGACGCCCACGGUAGUCGCCGCGAAGACGGCUACGACAUCGAGGAGCAGCCGGUGGACGGCGGCGGCGGCGAUGAAGAGCAGAAACCAGCCGCCGGCUGCGAGUACGUGAAGCAGCUGCUGCUCACCGUGUCGAGCAUGGCGUCGGGGCUCAACAGCGGCCGGAUGCGCUACGUGACGACGCCGAUCGCGUUCGCCGUCAAGGCGCCGUGGAAGAUGCUCACCGUCGUGCCGGGGUUCUCGGCGAUGAAGCAACCCGUCGAGGCCUUCUUCAUGUCCGGCGCCGACGGGAGCACGCACCACGCCCACGACCCGAACGGCGCGGGGUACCUCACCCGGCCGCCUCUGAUCGAGGAGAUCAUGAUCCCCUCGGUUUCCGAGCUCGCCAACGUGGGCAUCCAGUUCUGCCCCACCUCCGGCGACCUGUCCACCAUCGCGUUCGACGCCAGGACGGUGACGUUCCACCUGCCCGUGGUGACCCUAGACUCCAACACGGAGGUGGUGCUCCGGAACCUGGUCGCCUACGAGGCGUCGGCGGCGUCGGGCCCGCUGGUGCUGGCGCGGUACACGGAGCUGAUGAACGGCAUCAUCGACACCGACGAGGACGUGGUGCUGCUGCGGCGGCGCGGGGUGGUGCUGAACCGGAUGAAGAGCGACGGCGAGGUCGCCAAGCUGUGGAACGGGAUGACGCGGUCGGUGCGGCUCACCAAGGUGGCGUUCAUGGACAGGACGAUCGAGGAGGUGAACCGCUACUACAACUCGCGGUGGCGCGUGAAGACGAAGCGGUUCAUGCGCAAGUACGUGUUCAGCUCGUGGCAGCUGCUCACCUUCCUCGCCGCCAUCAUGAUGCUGCUGCUCACCACGCUGCAGGCUUUCUGCUCCGUCUACACCUGCUCCCGGUGGUUCGGCACGGUGACGGUCGCGACGGCGGAGUGA